GUCCUCCGAAUCCUCUGCGCGAAUGCUAGAUUGACCCCUAAGGUGAGUCUACUCGGGGCUGAAUCCUAUAGUGUGGUUGCAUUUAUGUCUGUAGUAUAGUCGUUUGUGGCUUGAUGCACGAGAUGUGUUUAUAUAUAGGCACUUGUAUCAUUCAGACAUAUUGUAGUCUUGCUGGGUUGAAACCUCACUUGGUGUUCGUAUAAACGAGUGGGCGUCCGGCCCGGAAACUAUCAGAAAGAGAGGAUAUCCGCUCGAAUGAUAGUAGAUCUAAACAUGUCGCCCAGGAACCCAUAUGAGCUUCCCUAGAUACCUAGUUCACGCCAGACCCUCAUCUCUCUUCCAAAGUUCAUCACAAACCUCUCAUGAACACUAUCGACAAUCAUGAGUCAGUAGCGGCUGUCAAAUCCGGACAAGACCCGUCCCUGGCAGCGCGACACCUUCUUCAGCAGCUCACGGAAGAUGAGAGAUUGUCCUUGUUGCACGGUGAUGUCGAGUUCUGGGAAGGGAUGCAUAAUCUCUACACCGGCGUUUACCUGUCUACCCCAUACGUCCACGGCGAGACCUCUGAGGUUACCUGCGACGUAACAUCUGUAAGAUUAUCAGCCGCCAGAGUUACUUGCGUCCGGGCAUCAGUGGCUCCGUGUGGUAGACUUGGCUCCGGGUCAGUGAUAUCGAUCGAGGAGACCACCAGUCCGGUAACCACCGCCAUUAACCUUCCAGUCUGUGGUAUACUCUCGGAGCCCCAUCCAGGGAGCUUCCCAUUGAAUACACCUCCCGUAGACACCGUGAAGUUGUAGGAAGUAAGAUCCCAUGCCAGGCCCUCGUUGCCGGCAGCUUCCCUACACUCAGAUACCCUUGAGGGGUCUCUAGGUGGCUUGGCAGUACAUCCGGCCCGGACAACAGAGGUUUAGCUGAUGAUCACUUCACAUGGAAUCCAAUUUUUUCUCGGGAUCUUGUAGAUAUCCGGCAAAUAGAAACCGCCAUGGAUUGAUAGGUUUCUUUAGAAGGGCUCAUGCGAGAAAUCGUCAUUGAGCAUGUGGGGAAGAUGCAAGUGCCGUGAUCGAUACCCGCACUCUCCAUAGUGAGCCUGGCGUCAGGGUAUUCAGCCACCAAGAGUAACCAAAGGUCUAGAUCAGACAAUGAUUGAAUAGCUCCAUGUCGUGCC